AUGGCUAUUCACUCCAGGGAUGAUGCUUUGAUGUGCAAGAUUUUUCCAUCAAGUUUGGGUCUGACGGCGAUGAGGUGGUUCAAUGGCUUAAGGGCCAAUUCUGUUGGAUCUUUCAAAACACUGACUCGGGCUUUUGGUGCUCGUUUUAUUACAUGCAGCAGGACUCCUCGGCCUUUGGGAUCCUUGUUGACUUUGUCUAUGCGAGAGGGCGAAACUCUCAAGAGUUACUCGGAUAGGUACUGGGAAAUGUUUAACGAAAUAGAGGGAAAGAAUGAUCCCGUGGCUAUAACCACUUUCAAAGCUGGCCUCCUAGCUGAUCACGAUUUGAGGAAAUCCUUGACCGGUAAACCUGUCACUAGUGUGCGCCAGCUGAUGGACAUAAUAGAUAAGUACAGAAGGGUAGAGGAAGAUCAACUUCAGGGGAAAGGAAAGGCCAAGGUGAUCCCUCAGGAGAGGAGGGAUUUCAGGUCGGACCGUUAUAAUAACAGCCGACCAAGGCGGGACUUUGUUGGGCAGUCGGGCUCGGCGGACGCCCAGGUUGUUAAUGCAGUAUUUCGGGAGCCCGUUCAGCAGGUUUUGGAGAAGAUAAAGAACGAGCCAUUCUUCAAAUGA